CAACAGUCUAUCAGAUUACACAUACCUGGAUAUACUAAUAUUACACGCACGCACACACACACACACACACACAUACAUACAUACACUGGGUAUAGGUUAAUACACAAAGAAACGGCUGAGAGGGAUCCAGAAGGCACGCGCGCACUGAUCCCCGUCAUCCUCGUGGGCAACAAGAUCGACAUGCGAGGCUCAGAUAUUGUGAACAGAGACCUCGAGAACAAUGUCAUGCCCAUCAUGGUCAAAUACUCUGAGGUGGAGACAUGUGUCGAGUGCUCAGCCAAAUCAAUGCUCAACCUCAGCGAAGUGUUCUACUUCGCUCAGAAGUCUGUGCUCCACCCCACCGCACCACUCUACGACACCCGCACACACACCCUGACGGUAAGCUCUUCAAUAUGUAUGUAA